UUGUUUUUGUAUAAUUUUAAAAUCAAGAACUUUGGGCCUUUGCUGAUUAUAAAAUAUCGCUUCACUUCCAUUUCACUUCGAAAUUUCAACAACAAAACACGUCAAGCUGCAUUUCCACUAAAUUCAUCUUUAAAAAAAUAGAAUAGUAAAUAAAGAAAAUGCCAAUGCCAACCAAAAGUACUAAAGUAAAUCCCGAUUUAGUAAAAGAACGUCAAGCAGCUACUUUUAAUGUUGAAGAAUUCGCUAGCUGGUUAUAUGGUGGAGAGCAAAAGCUCAAAGUGAAGCGCGAAAUCGUGGAAGAAAUUGUGAACGAUAAAGAAUUGCAGUUCGAAGAAGUUUAUCCAGACUAUUUGUCAUUCCAAGAUCAGUAUAAUGAUGCAGUCAAACGAAGUACUUUGUUGUUGAAAAAACUUAAGGCUAUACAAGAGAAACGAAAUCCUGGGGGAAAUGAAAUCUAUCCCGACUUCUUGACGGGACCUGUUGGAAAUGCAAUUAUCCCACAAGGAAGUCCAUUCGCUGUGCAUUUCAGAAUGUUUAUACCGGUUAUUGAAAAACAUGGUACUUCUGAACAAUUAGAAAAAUGGUUACCCCUCGCAAAAAGUUGUAAGAUCUUAGGAUCCUAUGCUCAAACUGAGAUGGGUCAUGGAACUUUUAUCCGUGGCAUACAAACUCGUGCUGAUUAUGAUCCUGCAACAGAGGAAUUUGUCCUUAAUAGUACUUCAAUCACAGCCUACAAAUGGUGGCCAGGAGCAUUGGGCCACACGGUGAAUUAUGCCACAAUUGUUGCUCAACUUUACAUAAAGGACAAACGACAUGGAGUACACUUCUUCAUAGUUCAGCUCCGUGAUCACGAAACCCAUGAACCUUUACCAGGGAUUGACAUUGGAGAAAUUGGCAAUAAGCUUUCUUUCAAGGGGGUCAACAAUGGUUAUUUGGGAUUGAAAAAUGUCCGAAUUCCUCGAAUGCAAAUGUUGAUGCGGCACGCCCAGGUCAGUGCUGAUGGAUCGUUCACAGUCUCGCCGGCUUCGGUUUUGACCUAUUGGACAAUGGUUUAUGUCAGGGUGUUACUGGUCAAGCAAUCGAGUAUGUUUUUAAGUCAAGCUGCAGUUAUUGCCACUCGUUAUGCUGCAGUCCGCCGACAAAGUCUCAUCAAUCCAAAAGAACCAGAGCAUCAAAUCCUAGACUACCUGACCCAGCAGCAAAAACUUUUUGUCGAAAUUUCAAAAUCCAUUGCAAUCAAUCUUGGAGGUGAUCUUUUGAAUGAAAUGUAUCUCCAAGUUACCAACGAGAUCAAUGAGGGAAAAUUUGAUCGUCUAGCUGAGAUUCAUUGCUUAUCUGCGUGUCUCAAGGCUAUUUCAACACAUGACUCCAGUAAUGGGGUUGAGACUCUCCGUUUAGCUUGUGGAGGUCAUGGAUUUAUGGCGGCUUCUAAUUUGGCAAAUAUCUAUGGUUUAGCAACAGCAGCGGUGACCUACGAGGGAGAAAAUACGGUUAUGCUUUUGCAAACUGCAAGAUUCUUAAUGAAGUCCUGGUCAAUGGCAGUUGAGGGGGAGAAACUAGUUCCAACAGUAGCUUACCUCGAAGAGGUUGCAUCUGGGAAAACGAGGACAUUUCCUAAAUGGGAUGGUUCUUUAGAAUGCAUGGUCAAAGCUCUUCAGUUUGCUGCAGCAAACAAGAUUCGUCUAGCUUAUAACCAUUCGUCCGAAAGAAAGAUGAAGAAUCUGACUGCAGCUGAAGCAGCAAAUGCAACUUCCAUUGAGCUUACUCAAGCUGCUGACUUACACGGACGUUCAUUUCUGGCGACAGCAACUUGGAAGAAGCUCUCAAGCGAGGAUCAAAUCUCAUCCUCACUAAAAACAGUUCUUUUGGAUAUUCUUGAACUAUAUCUAGUGAGUGCCUGCUUCAGGAACUUGAGUGAUCUUCAAAGAUUCAUUGAAUUGACUGAAGAAGACCUAAAUCGACUUCAAAUCAAAUUAGAACAAGUAUUGAGCCGACUCCGACCGAAUGCCGUAGCCAUUGUCGAUGGCUUUGAUUUCCAUGACAGGAUCUUAAAUUCAGUUCUAGGUUGUUAUGAUGGUAAUGUUUAUGAAAGGAUAUUCGAAGCAGCACAAAAAAGCCCAAUGAAUCAAAUAUCAGUUCAAAAAUCCUUCCAAAGUCACUUGAAGCCGUUUAUGAAGUCGAAUAUGUGAAGUAUUGUUAUUUUCUUCACUUUCAUUUUAUGUUAAAAAAUUAUUUUCGUAAUAAAAAUUUAAACUACGUACUUACUUAGGUGUGGUGACGUAAAAUGUA